AUGAAUUUCCCCUGCAGCGCCUUGCCCCCUACCCUCUACCCGGGGUUACUACGUCCACCGGCCGGGCUCUCCCUGCCCAUGCCCCGGUCCCUUCCGACUAGCUUUCUGGUGGACGACCUCAUCCGCCUCAGUCAGCCCGUCACCUACGUGCAUCGGACAUUCUCUUCGCAGAAUUACGCGCCGAGGAGCUCUCGGGACACCUUCUCCCUGCGGGGCUUCGGUCCAGCGGUGCCCCCCCUGACCACAGACCACCGCUCUGCCCUGCAGGCGAACUCCGUGCAGCAGCCCCACCGGGCGGACUCUCCACACACGGACUGCUCAGAGUCCACUUAUCUCAAGUUCGGGGUCCGUGCCAUCCUGGCACCGUCAACACAGAAAGUCCAGACCUUUCAGGCCAAGUCCUUCCCGCUGCCUUUCUUUGACGGGACGCUGCCACCUUUCCUUCGAGCCUCCUACUUCACAGCGAGCUCCUCCGUGGUGCCGGUCCCGGGAACCUUCUCCUGGCCCCUGGCCCCCAGAGGGAAGCCCAGGCGGGGAAUGCUACGGCGGGCCGUGUUCUCCGACCUCCAGCGUAAAGCUCUGGAGAGAACCUUCCAGAAGCAGAAGUACAUCAGCAAGCCAGACCGUAAGAAGCUGGCCAGCAAGCUGGGACUCAAAGACUCUCAGGUGAAGAUCUGGUUCCAGAACCGGAGGAUGAAAUGGAGGAACUCCAAGGAGAGGGAGCUCCUGUCGACGGGGGGCUGCCGCCAACAGACCCUGCCCGCCAAGACCAACCCUCACCCCGACCUCACUGACGUCGGCGGGGGUGGGGGUGACUACUGCCGGGGCCGGGGGCUGGAGGAGGAGGAGGUGGAGGAGCUGGGCGAGCAGCACCUCCGUCAGCUCACCCAGCACAGCAGCCAUCGCCGUGGUGGGACGGGCAACGAGGGGCUCCACCCUGGCGGCCCCCCAAGGCUCUCCUCACCGUCAGACUGCAGCAAGCCAUCAGACCUCUCUGGCUCAGACGAGGAAAUCACUGUUUCCUAG